AUUACCAAAAAAAAAAAAAAACUCUCUCUCCCUACUCACCGGCCUUUCUCCUUCUUCCAUUAUAUCCCCCACUCCCUUCUCUCUUUCGCCUCACCUCCUCCUCCUUCGUCGCCGUCGCUGUCGACCGUUCCGGUUCUCUUAUCCUACUCCCUACAAUUCUCGUUUCGUUUCAAAUGCGCGUGGCCGAACAACCGCUAUAGCAACCGCACCAAAAAACCAAUGGAACACGGCGUCGUCAAGGAGAACGGAGUGUGCUCGUCGGAGUCGGCUAAUGGCAGCCGCGACUUGUGGAGUGCUAAGGAGUCUGAUUCUUCCGCCGCCGACCAUCUCGUCGUCAUGGUCCACGGUAUUAUGGGAAGUUCUUCGGAUUGGAAGUUUGGAGCAGAGCAGUUUGUUAAAAUGCUUCCCGACAAAGUUCUUGUUCAUUGUAGUGAACGGAAUGUCUCUACGCUGACCCUCGAUGGUGUGGAUGUAAUGGGAGAGCGCUUGGCAGGAGAGGUUGUCGAACUGGUUCAAAGAAAGCCAAAUUUACGUAAGAUCUCAUUCGUUGCACAUUCUGUGGGAGGGUUAGUGGCAAGAUAUGCAAUUGGAAAGCUGUAUAGACCCGCGAAGGGAGAAAACACAGAACAUUCACAUCCUAAUGGCUGUGAAGAGGAUUCAAGGAGUACUAUAUGUGGCUUGGAGCCUAUGAAUUUCAUUACUGUUGCUACACCUCAUCUUGGUUCUAGGGGUAACAAGCAGGUACCAUUUCUUUUUGGAGUACCUGCCUUUGAAAAACUUGCCAAUGCAGUUAUUCAUUUGAUAUUUAGGAGAACGGGUCGCCAUCUGUUUCUAAAUGACGAUGAUGAUGGAAAGCCUCCACUUCUUAAACGAAUGAUUGAAGAUUAUAAUGGAUGUUAUUUCAUGUCGGCACUGCGUAGGUUCAGCCGUAGGGUGGCAUAUUCGAACGUGGGCUAUGACCAUAUUGUUGGCUGGAGAACAUCAAGCAUUAGACGUGAUAGUGAACUGCCGAAGUGGGAAGAUACUGUUGAUGAAAAAUAUCCACAUAUUGUGUAUGAAGAACACUGCAAGGCCUAUGAUGCUGAACAGUGUGAACCUACUUCAGUGGAUGGCAGUGACUCUGACCAGCUUGAAGGGGAACUAGUAACAGGCCUUUCUCGUGUGUCCUGGGAAAAAGUAGAUGUUAGUUUCCACUGCAGCAAACAGAGAUUUGCUGCUCAUAGUGUCAUUCAGGUAAAAGAUCAAGCUGCACAUAAAGAAGGCGAAGAUGUUAUACGUCAUAUGAUUGAUCAUUUCCUCCUUUAGAGUAUAACAGCAACUGAGAAAAUGUGUGGGCUCGGUGGUUCGAUGCUACAUUCUAAGCUUAUACUGCCAAGAAAUCCAUGAUUGCUGUACCGGGGAACCCUUCACAAAAAAAUGUGUUCAAGGAAGCAUAGGCAGUCGAUAGGAAUUCAAUUUAUUCGUCCAUGUUUGUAAUGUAUUUUGAACAUAAAAUCAUUAAGAUAACAAAUUGUAUGUUUACAAGUUAUAUCUAUAUACGUUUUUCCUAAUAAUGGUACAGUGAACCUCUAGUUCCUU